AUGUGGAAGCAUGAUGCAGAGAUGUUGAUGAAAAGCACAGCGACUGGGAAGAGGAAAAUGGGAGCAGCUGCCACCUCACACACACUCUUGCGUUUGUGUUUUCUGGCUGUGUGUGUUCCUACGAUCAACGCUGCGCCGACACAGGUCAGAACGUUUUGCACGGCAUCUAAAGUCGGGGAUCUGGAGGACAGCAUCCAAGAGGUCUACCAGCACAGCAGGGACAACCGCAAGGAGAUCGGACGACUGGAAGGCUGUCAGAAAGGACGCAGGAUGGGCUACAAAUGUUACCUGGUGUACAACAGUAUAGAAGACUAUGCUGGAGCGUCCAGGAAGUGCAUGGAACGUGGAGGCCGCAUGGCGAUGCCCCGCGACCGCAAGGAGCAGGAGGCCUUGGCCGACUACGUGAAGGGCUUCUUCCACCCGGGGAACUGGCCCGUCUGGCUGGGCAUCAACGACCUGCGCUCUGAGGGCCUGUACCUCUUCGACGACGGCACUCGGGUCUCGUACUUCCAGUGGCGCAGACACUUCUUGUCCAGUCAGCCAGACGGAGGGAGGCGGGAGAACUGCGUGGCCAUGUCGUCAGACGACGGAGACUGGUGGGACCACUACUGCGAUCGGACCAUGAACUAUGUCUGCGAGUUUGAUGACAGGGUGGCUCUUUGAAAUGAACUCUUUAUUAUCUG